GGUAGUAUACAGAGCAUAAAGCUGCCUAUGAAAUAUAGUUUUUUACGCCUUGCCUGAGAUAUUAUUCGUCUGUAAGUAAUAUAAAUUUGAUCAUUUUGACAUGAAGCACAAUUUAAUUCAGUAGAGUACCAACAUUUGUAUUUUAAAAGUGUUAUUUUGCCAGAGUACUCUGUCUGCAAAUUAUGUCUUAUUUAGGUGCUACAUGUUCCUUAUGCAUGUAGAUGUAUUAGCGUAUUUUGUUUAGUUCAGUAUUUGCAAUCUAGCAAAAAUAAAAAAGGUCAAGACAAAUCAGGCCUUGAGGGAUUAUUGGAAAUCCAUUCCAAAUAUAAGAUUGCUCUUUUGCUUUGCAAAGUAACACAUUGUGAGGAAAGCUAAAUAUAUUUUAAUAUUUAAAAAACUAAUAUAUAUAUAUUGAUAUUGUAAAUUUAAACCAAAUGAAAACCAUUAUUUAAACUCAAUUCAGUGAAAUUACAGGUUAAAUGUAAAAAUAGCUAUUUGUUGCUUAUGAUAAACAAAAAAAGCAAAUAAGUAGCACAUUUUAAAAAUAAGCAUAAAACUUCACCAGUCACACAUAGCAAUAACAAUUAACACCUUCAGUGAAGCCCCUCCCACUGCAAUUGACUUAUAAAUGCUGGAAAUAUUUCCAUCAUCCUACACUUGAAGAAAGAGGAAUACGGUGGUGUAUAAAGAGCAACAACUUCAAGAUUAACAACUGAAGUCUAUUUGACUUACUGUUGCAAAAAUGAUGUCUAUUAAAGAGGAGAAAGAGGACUCGAGUUAUCCAGAGCCACGGAUAAUAAAACAUGAAGAUACAGAGGAACAAAGAGAUGUGUUGGAAGUGAAAGUGGAAAGUCAAGAACUGAAUGAUGUGAAGGAGAAACAUCAGUAUGAUAAAUCUGAUCAUUUCAUAAUUGGUGAAAAUUCUUCUAGUUGCUCACAGACUGAAGAAAAUUUCUCACGGAAAAAAACUAGAAGAACAAAAGACAGAUUUUUUUUCAUAUGCCCUCAAUGUGGAAAGACUUUUGCUCAUAAACGAGAUCUUGUGAGGCACCUGAGAAUUCACACUGGAGAAAAGCCUUUCACAUGCACUCAGUGUGGAAAGAGUUUCACACAAGAAGGAAACCUUAAGAGUCACCAAAGACUUCACUUUGGAGUGAAGCGUUUCGCAUGUCUUCAGUGUGAAAAGAGUUUUUUACAUAAAGGAAACCUAAAGAAUCACAUGAUGCUUCACACCGGAGAGAAGCCUUUCACAUGCACUGAGUGUGGGAAGAGUUUUGCAAUCAAACGAAAUCUUGAGAGGCACCAACAAAUUCACACUGGAGAGAAGCCUUUCACAUGUCUUCAGUGUAGAAAGAGUUUCUUACAUAAAGAAUACCUUAAGAGUCACAUGUUAAUUCACAGUGGAGAAAAGCCUUUCAUAUGCAAUCAUUGUGGAAAGAGAUUUACACAAGAAAAAAACCUUAAGACUCACCUACGACAUCACUUCGGAGAGAAGCCUCACACGUGUCUUCAGUGUGGAAAGAGUUUUUUAUAUAAAGGAAACCUAAAGAAUCACAUGAUGAGUCACACUGGAGAGAAGCCUUUCACAUGCACUCAGUGUGGAAAGAGUUUUGUAAUAAAACGAAAUCUUGUGAGGCACCAACAAAUUCACACUGAAGAGAAGCCUUCCACCUGCACUCAGUGUGGAAAGAGUUUCACACAAGAAGAAGAUCUACAGAGGCACUUAAAAAUUCACACACUGUUAUCCCUGAUGUUGUUUUAACCCAAAUAAAUUAGGUAUGUCUUUCAUUCAACUGGAAUUGUUUUAGUUCUAUCAAUUAAUCUGAACUUGUUUUAAGUAAUUUUCAUUGAGUCAGUUUGUAUACAUAAACCUGUUAAUGCUCAUUGACCCCACCCACUUUUCUUUGCUUAAAUGAGUCCAUUUUUACUAUAUAGUGUGCUGUUAAAAAUUUUCAGAAUGUUGACAAAUUAUACCUCUUGAGGCAUGCACAUCAACACGUUGAAUUAACAAGCGUAUUUGCCAAAUCAACUCAAAAACAUAUGUUGAAUCUGCUAAAAUCUGUGUCAGUUAACUUCGCGUCAUUUGUCCCAAAAUCUUCGAUACUGAGAAAUGUUAAAUUAAUUUGAAAAUAAACGCAUGUUGGACAAACAAUAUCACCAUAAAUGUUGUCCCAACUAGUUUAACAAAUUUGUCUAAACAGACUAUUUAAUGUUUUGCUGAUUUGCCAGAUCACAGCAUGCAUUGCGGUAUGAAUAUAUUUUUAUGGUUAGUGUUAUGUCUAGUUUAUGGUUAGUUUGUGUGUUGAUGUUUAGAGCUCAUCUUUUUACUUCAUUAUAUUUGUUGAUUGUCACCAUUAUUGAGGUGUGGUUGUGUGUGUGUCAAAUUUUGAGGUCUAUGUGCGUCCUUCACUAGUUAUCACAUACUGUGUUUGCUUUACAAUUUGCUAAUGCCAUUAAUAGCAAAGAGUGUACAAU